GCACCGCGGACACUUGACGACAUAUCUGCUGACCGUACACUAAUCAAAUACUCACGCUGAACAAAAAAAUCGAUUUCGAAUAUCUUGAUUUGGAUCUUGUUCAUAUUUUGAAAGUAUUAAGUGACGUUUGGAGACUGUUGAUAUAGAAUUAAGUAAUUUGGAUAACGACUCCAAGAAUUAAGAAGACGGCUAGAGAGAGUUAAAUUGUUUAAUAAUUUGAGAAGUGGUAGACAGGAAGUCGGGUUCCAUUGUAAAUUUUAAAUUUUGAAAAUAAGUGUGGACCGGACGAGUGGCGAGAGUGUGUGUACGAAGGUGAGGGCAUGCGCCUGCGCCGUUGAUAGUUUCACUUUCUAGGCGACUGGACGACACGGACAGCGGCCACAGAUGGCUCCCGUGACCCACAUACGGCUAUGUGCCGUAAUUUGGCUGUUCUGCGUAAUCACUGCCAAGGCUGAUUCAAGCGACAACACAACAACAACAAAAACCAUCAGAACAACAAUACUACCAUCUCGGACGACGCGGACAGAACUUAAAGUCUCAAGGAGUCUCAAUCCCCUCGACACGCAAACGGUUAACGUACGAACUAAAGCUGGCCAUCUCACACAACUCAUUGUAAAGAAAAAGGAUAAAACAACAACACACGGAAGUACAACCCACGCACCAACAACUGUCUCAAUCAAAACCACUUUACCCAAUUUUAUGUUGAACUCUACUGAUGACAAGCAGAAUAAAACUGAUACCAGGGAUCAGAGGAAAUUGAAUUUAGGUCAAGUCAAUAGUGAUUUAGCUGGGUUUGAUUACUACAUAAACCGAAAUAAGCAUGAAGAGUUUAGCGAUAUCAAAGCUGAAUAUGGUAACUGGUCACCGGUUUCUGUUUACCCUGAAUCCCACAUCCAGGAAGAUGGUGGUAAACCUGACACUGAUCCGGAAACCUCCAACUAUUAUCCAACCUAUGACAAUGAAAAGAAAACUGAAAAUAAAAAAGUAUAUAUAACUUCAACAAGCUACAUGGACUACAACGGUCCAAUAAAAAGUUACAGGUUCGAUCCACACAACCCCGUCAUUAAAAAUGAUAGAAACCCUGUUUAUAUUGAGGUAGUGAGCACAAAAGUAUCCGAUGAUGAAAGCAAAUCCCUUAAAGUACCAGACCCUGUUAUGAUAAGUUCAGAACCUAUGCAUAUUAAGAAAGCAAUUGACAAAUAUAAUAAACGGGGACGAUCAAUUUUAACUUUAGGGAAUGACGGUAUACCUGAAAUUCAGGGCAUCAGAGUGCCGGAUGACGAAUCUGACAAGAAAACUUGGAGAAAUGCCCGUGUAGUUAACGGUGAACUGCUGCCUUAUCCCGAAGGUUAUACCCCAGCUAAAGCUAUACCUGAAGCGGAUGUGUACCCCGAUCUUUCAUCGGCCGAUCCAUCUCAAAACUUAGGUCCCUUCACAAAAGAGGACAACUUUGAACAAACAGAUGGACCUUUCACUAAAUUUGAUAAUAUUAAAUUUGAUAACGAUGAUUUCGUUCCUUCCUAUCCGUACAAAUAUAAAAAGGAAAACCUUUUUGUUAAAACGGGGUAUGGCCCAUUUACUAAAGCUGAUAAUUCUAAGGUUGCAAAUUCUAAAUUGAUUGAUUAUAUUAAGCAAAUAAAUGAACAAGAAUCAAAACGUGAUUACUUCAGUGGACGCAGUUCUCGAGCUAACAACGGUGACUUAGAUUUUGCUGAGAGCCACAUCCAAAGGCGUAUGUUACAUCACCCCGGUGAAACAAAUUUUCCUAAUUCCGUAAUGUACACCCCCAAAAAUGCAAAACCAGGGUUUGAUGAAAGUGUAAGAAACCCUGUCCUUCAAUAUGCUCACCCAGAUCUUGGUGUUCAGCCUGCUAAAGCUGCUAGGGACUUUGAAAACAAAGACAGAAAGAUCAAGUACUAUACAAGUGGACCCAAAAGCGCUCAUCCCUAUCCAAUGGAGCCUAUUAAUGGGUACAAUCAGCAACGUAGUCAAAACAUAGCAGUGUCAAACAGAUAUUAUGAAGAUGAAUAUAACAAGUUCUCGUAUUAUGAUCACAGCCCAGCGAAAUAUCCAUACAGUUAUGGUUACGUUAAACGCACACCGGAGCCAUCUCUAUGGAAAAGAUUCACUGACUCCAUGAAGGAUACAAUAAACAGUGCAAGUGAAACAGUGCACCAGUUUACUAGACCUAUAAUAGAUCCGAUAGCCAAGGUAACUCAACCUGUAUUCGAUCCCAUAGUAGAAGCUACACAUAAAAUCACGCAAAACUUAGGUUUAUAUCCGUCAAGUAACGCUAUACAAAAUCAAAGAUACGCACAAGAUAAAAUAGGAGUGGCCGCUGUUGGUUCAGGUGCACCAGCUAUGCUUCCUGCUCUUGGCUUAAUGGCCGGGGGUGCAGCGUUGGGCCUUGGUGCCGUUGCAGUGGGACGUCUCUUAGAUGUUAACUUAAUGCGGAGCGCUGACAACUCCGACAGCAUGGAAAAGGAACAUAAGAGAUCGUUCAGUGACGGUAUCUACGACUACGAUCGAACGAUCUUAAGUAGUCAAAAGUUCUUUGAUGAUAAUUACAAGAUGCCUAGCGAAAAUGUCUAUGUUGUGAUGUCUCCAGAUUCUGGAGCUCGGACAAAACGUAAUGCGGUGCUUUACCAGCCUAUUAAUGAUAUGAGUGGAGCUAGAAGGCGCCGCAGCGUGAAAAGAGCGCUCAACGAUAUGACUGAAAACAUUCAGAUGAUCGAUGCCGGUCCUGGACAGCCGGGUCUGACCGCUGCAGCCAUGGUCCUGGUUAAACAGACUGAUUGGAGGGACUCACAGUGUGCCAAGUUCACAUUCUGUAAAGUGCUCACCUCCCAAUCUUCGGACUCCUUAUUUGCUAUGGAAAAGAAAAUGGAGUCACUUUUAAAAAUGCUAUCCCGAGGGAACAGCGAGAGCGCGUCGUCCGUGGCACACCAGCUCGGGGACGUGAUGGCAGCCAGCCGGGACCACGACUGCUCCAGGUUCUACUGCGAAACUAAAUAGAGGCACCAGCCCAGUAGUAUCAUACAUAAUACAGAGUGGGAAUCAACAACUAUUUCCGUAAAAAAUUAUGUAUGAAAUGUUUCAAAGUACCUACCUAUAAGUGUUUACCGCGGCAAAAAUGAAUGUGACUGAUGUAGGAGCACUGACCUCUACUAUAUACCACUGGACUGGCGGCUGUCAAAGUGCCUGUUUGAUAUUCGCCAUUUUGGCGCUGUUGGCCAUGUAGCGAGAGUCUGCGGUACUAAAACUAGUGUUGACAACCUCAGCAAACAUCGAUAGAUGGUGGGAAACUAUUUACAAAACAAAAAUUGUGUAGUUUAUAUUAUAUUGAUUCUUGAAGUAUAAAUAGCACAGAAAACGAACGAGAUUAAUUUGAAUUAAUUACAUUUUGAAAUGAAAAAAUACUUCAGAGUAUUGUACGUUCCUCCGCAGCCAUUUGUAUUAUACGUCAAAUUAGUUCACAGUAAAAACACUCAAAAUACGGAACAGCUUGUCCAGUAGUAUUUAUACAGGUCAAUGUGUAGGAGCAAUGAGAAUUAUAGCCGCCAUUUUAGGAGAUGUCACUUUCGACAUUUAAAGAGCCUACAUCGUUAAAUAAUUAAAACAUUAUUGGACACAUUUUGUGAGUCACAUUCAUAAAAAUAUAAUUUGCAAGUUAUUUCAACUUAUGAAAUAAAUGAAAAAACAAAGAAGAAAACUACAGAUUUGCAGAGUUUUCUAAUGUAAAUGUAACAUCUAGUUCCUUGUGGCACUGGUUGGUAGCAUAAACAAACAUAAACAUCUAUAUCUGUCGUCUAGUAUGUGGUUAUAAUUUUAACACUUUUUUAAUGGAAAAAUAUAAUGGUAUAGUUUUUCCAACAAUACAAUUAAGUACCUAUUAAAUCAAUCACAAUUUUUAAAAGAAGCGUCGAUAAUAAAGCAUAUUAUUAUAUAUAAAAUAACAUAAAAAUGUGAUGGUAAUAGUUUGAGUGAUGUUAAUUUUAUUAUUUUGUUGUUAGGUAAAUAAUAAUUGUCCAAUAUAAUCAUUACUUAGAGUCAGUAUUGGAAUGCUUACAAACAAUAUUGCCAUACCGAAAUAUACAAGUUCGCUACAUUAGACCGUAUGGAUGGAUUGCUAUAAUUACUUUUCACAAAGCCAUAAUCAGAAAUAUAUUACUGCAGACUAAAAGUCUCAUCCCGUUUUAGACUUUAAUGAUAGAACGCGUAAGAUGUACUUACGGCCGUUCCCAAUAUACUAUCUAGAUAAAUUACUACCUUCUACUGUCAGUAAUUAGCUGUCAAUAAUCUGAAGCUGUCUCAAUAUACCCGUAUCAGUCAUUCUUAUCGCUUUAUAUUGGGACGCGUGAAUUACAAUUUCCAUACAAACUUCUAUCGCUGGUAAGCUAUACGUCCUCCCAUUGACAGACAGCGUGUACGGAUCAAGUGAGUUACCGUCGAUUAGUUUAUUGGGACAGAAAAGUCAACGAUAGUUACGAUUUUUAUGUCAAGUAGGCCACAACUGGAAAUAGACUGAAUAUUGGGAACGGCCGUUAAUAAGUAAUUGAUAGUCUUUCCAAAACAAAAUUCAAAUAUAUUUUUUAGCAGAUGUACUUAAUUGUAUAAUCAUAAGUACAGGCUGCUUGCUACAUACUGUUGUUAACUACUCUAUCUAAGAAAAAUACCAAGUCAAGAAAUAUUUGGUACCCAUUAAAACGUAAAUCGUCCAUAUUAUGGUAGGUUAGAUAGAAUUUAAUAAUUUAUUGUUAUUUAUAAGACGCUCAUUAUCUUUAUUAUUUUUUAACUUAAUAUACGCCUUGUAUUUUUAUUUACCAAUUGGGUACUCAAGAUGUCUCAUAUGUUAGGUAGGUAUCUAGUAAAGGAAAGAUAUUAAAGAUACCAGCUUCAUACACGGACGAGUAAAAAAAGGACUCCGGGCCGUGAUAUUAGCAAGUGAAGCACCGUUAUGCUAGUGUGUGUGCGGUUACGGGUGAUACUAGUUACUACACAAUUUUUUCUCCCUUAAAUAAUCAUAUAUGGCCACAAAUACGUUUUUACACUUUUUCACAACGCAAGACGGCAUUUUUAAAAUAUUUUAUUCUGAUGCAAACUGAUCUGUCACAGACGAUGACAAUUCUCAUAAUGGCCGCCCAUCCGCCUGUAGUAGUGUAAAUGUGUGCGUGGGGCUAUGUAUUUACACGUUCAUCGGCUUGUUUUCGUGCUACACUGUUAUGAAAGGUGACACGGAGUCCUUAUUUUUUUACUAGUUCGUGGUUUCAUAAUGUCUUCAAGUGACUGAUCACUCGCUUUAAGGUUGUAGGACCAAUAUGAUGUGAACGAUUCGUUCGGUUGCACUCUUUCUUGUCACUCGUUCAAAGCAACAGCAGUUCAGUGAACGUAGACCGACCCUAAGUGCAACCAGAAAUAACGAUGCAGUACCUGUACAAUUGAGGUAUCUUUACAACCUCACGGUCAAAUGUGAUCACCUAUCUUAAAGUGACUAUUGUGCCCUAGCACAACUAAAAUAUAAAAAUAUAUUUUAUCUGAAUAAAAUAUAUUAGUUAUGUAAUGAAAAUAUUUAUUAUCAAAAUAGAAGUCUGAGCCUGUAGGUUCUAUAACCUAAGUAUUUUCUUUGUCAUAACAUUAUGUAUCAUUCCAAAGGCUAUAUAAUUCACUUGAGAUCUAUUAGAUAUGAGAUAAUAACUAAUUUAUUUAAAUUAUUGUUCGUGCAAGUAAGAUGUAAAUAUGCUUCAAAUAUUUAAAUUAUUUUAUUUAUAUUUACAAUAAAGUAUUACAAAUA